AUGUCCGCCGACUCGAACAUGAUCUGCGAAGUUAAACAACCACCGCAGCGUGAGAAGAAGAGUUUGAGUUCUCAGCCAUUAAUGUCAUAUCUUCCAGACGAACUCGUGGAGCAGAUACUUGCUCGUGUUCCGAGAUGUGCUUACCAUAACCUUUCUCUUGUAUGCAAAAGGUUCCUCUCUCUAAUCUCUUCUCCCCAACUCUACACGACACGUUUUAACCUUGGAACCACCGAACCAUACAUUUAUUUUGGCGUAAAAUCGAAUAUUAGUGAGAAUUUCUUCCAGUGGUUCACUCUUUCGUUGAAACCUCAAGAACCACAUGACGGUGAGAUUUUAUAUGACUAUUUCUUGAUUCCGAUACCUUCCUAUCCCCAUCCUUUAGGUUUACCAUAUAGAUCAACCGUAGCAGUUGGUUUCGAUAUCUACCUAAUUGGUGGAUGCCAUGAGCUAAGUUCCUCUGUUUGGAUCCUUGAUUGUCGAAGUAACACAUGGCGUGACGGGCCUAACAUGAUAGCAGCUCGAAAAUAUCCACGAGCGGUUCUCAUCGACCAGAAAAUAUACGUGAUUGGAGGUUGCAAUGUUGACAGUUGGUUUGAGGUAUUGGACAUAAAGACUCAGACUUGGAGAGCCUUGCCGAGUCCUGGUGCGCGUCAUGAGCUAUGCAAUAUAAAUAUUAAUGUUAACCCUGAUGGUUUUGAAGGAAAGCUUUACGUAGCGUCACAUGAAAAUGACUACACUUAUGAUCCUAAAGAUGGUACAUGGAAAGUUGUAAGAGAGGAAUCGAGUUGGCGAGAGUUGUGGGAUUCGUGUGUGAUAGAUAAUGUAAUGUACAGUUAUGAUUACCCGGGGAUUAUUAAGUGGUAUGACUAUGAGGGUAGGGUUUGGAGAGAGGUAAAGGGUUUGGAAGGACUUCCUUCAUGUACGAGACUGGUCCGAAACUAUGGUGGGAAACUUGUAGUUAUGUGGAGGCAGUGGCCUAAGAAACAUAGCGAAAACUCGAAUCCUAAAAUUUGGUGCGCUAAGAUUGCGUUAGAAAAGCGCCAUAAAGAUGAGAUUUGGGGUAAGACGGAGUGGAGUAAUACUGUUCUCGAGAUUCCCAUGUCAUUUUACUCAUUUCUUUGUGUAGCUGUUACAAUUUGUUGA